CCGAGCCCCUUUCUUGGGCCGAGCGACGACUUCGACCUUCAACCCUACCUGCCUGUUGAAAGGCGUGAGCAGAGCCGAGUGGAAAGGACCCUGCUGGCGACCAAGCUCCUCUUAGCGCAGUAGCAGCAGUCCGCAGGCAUCCGUAGCCCCCGCAGCCCGCAGCAGCUCAGACAUCUCAGCAUGCAAGCGCCCUGAAGAGGUGGCGGCCUGAACGUCUCAAUCGCGGCAGAAGAGCCGACUUUGGCUGGCACCUGCAGCUUUUUCGCGCAACAGCCUGGCGAUAACAGCGGCAGAAGAUGACGAGCACAGAUGCGGCACAUCCAAGUAACGCGGGCGCGGCAGCGGUGGCCGAAACGCCCGCGUUCACAACAGCGUCCUCCGCGGAGCGCGACACAGCCGCGCCGGCCGGCGCCAAGGCUGCGGCCGCUGCUACAGCCGUGCCUGCUGCUGACAAGGCCGGCAGUAGCAAGCUGGGGCUUUUAUACAUGGUGACCCGGGGGCAGCCCACCAACUAUGACAUGCUGGUGUUCCGCACCCUCAACCGCGAACUGGGCCGCCCCAACGCCAACGCCGACAACCUGGCCUCGCGGCUGCGAGACGAGCUCAUGCCCGGCCGCAGCUGGGUACUCAAGCACCUGCCCGGAAGCCGGGCGCAGCUGCGGCGCACGUUGGAGAACCCGCUGUGGGGUGUGCCGGGCGCAGUCAACUUCAUUGACGCCCGCACCAAGUGGUUCGACGGGGCGGUGACGGAAGCGCUGGCGGACGGCAUCCAGCAGGUGGUGAUUGUGGCCGCGGGCUACGACACGCGCGCAUACCGGCUGGGAGCACCCGGCGUGCGCUUCUUCGAGGUGGACCUGCCGUCUGCCUCUCACGCCAAGAAGGCCCUGGUGGAGAAACUCAAGUUUGUGGAGGACCCGUCCCGGCUGCCCACGUUCGUGGCCGCGGACCUGUCCCGAGUCAGUCUGGCGGAGGCGCUGGCGGGCACACCCUUCGACCCCAGCCAGCGCACGCUGUUCACAGUGGAGGGACUCAUCUACUACCUGCCCCAGGCCGCCGCCGCGGGCCUGCUGGCCGCUCUGUCGGGCCUGGCGGCCCCCGGCAGCCGCGUGUACUUCGAUUUCAUGAGCCAGGACGCACUGGACGGGCGCGGCAACUUUCCGGGCUUCAAGGUCACACGCAAGUCGGUGGCCAACAAGGGCGAGCCAUUCCUGUCCGGCAUCGGGCCCAGCCGCGAGGCCGUGGCGGCAGCACUGGCGCCACACGGGCUGGGCCUGCGCGAGUUCCUGACGCCGAAGGACAUGGUGGGGCUGAUGCUGCCGCAUGAGUCCUGGAGCGACCGCAAGCCGCCCAUCGCGAGCUUCUACUAUUACGCGGCCGCGGACAAGUGAAUUAUUGACGUGCGCGUGUGAGCGGGUAGUCCUACUCGAUUGGUGAUCACCUAGGCUAACGAUAGCGGAAAGGUGGAAUGGCUGCCAGCGUGAGCUGUUGGCCAGAUGAAGCCAUCGUAGUUGACCGCCACUGUUGCGGGCAGGGGGACUGCAGCGCCGCCAGGCGCCGCCGCCGGAGGCUCAGAAGAUGCGACAUUCAAAAGGGUGGGCAAGUGUGCACAAUGGAUUCCACGGUGCCCGGCCCAGGGGUUGCAGUGUAAAAUUUGGAAUUA